GCAAACUUUACGGCAACAGCUAAAAGCUCUGAAUUAGCUUUUCAGCAGAAUACUCAUGCGCAAGAAUGCUUUCUUCAAUCUCCUCAAAACGCCUCACCCCCUUUUCUCUCCUUUCACCAAUUCGUCUGCUCUUUUCCUCCACUUCCCGCUCUUUAUUCCUAAACCCCACUUCCCAUUUCCACUCUCAACCCCCAAAUCCCCUCCCAGACCAACCCAACUUCGACCACCAAACUGUCCGCAAAACCCUUUCUUGCUACUCCAACGACUGGAAACGUGCGUUGGAGUUCUUCAACUGGGUCGAAACCCAAUGCCAAUUCCCCCACACCACUGAAACCUUCAACAAAAUGUUAGACAUUUUGGGUAAGUCUUUCGAGUUCGAUCUUUCGUGGGAUUUGAUUGAUAGAAUGAAAAACAAACCUUGUUCGAUACCCGAUCACGCCACGUUUCGCAUCAUGUUUAAGCGUUAUAUUACUGCUCAUCUUGUUAAAGAAGCUAUAAGUACUUUUGAUAGAUUAGAAGAGUUCAAUUUGAAAGAUGAAAUUUCAUUCUGUAAUCUUGUUGAUGCACUUUGUGAGUAUAAGCAUGUGAUUGAGGCGCAAGAAUUGUGUUUUUUUGGUAAAAUUAAGGAAAUUGGUUUGAGUGUGAAUGAUACAAAGAUUCAUAAUAUGAUUCUUCGUGGGUGGUUUAAAAUGGGGUGGUGGAGUAAAUGUAGGGAAUUUUGGAAGGAAAUGGAUAAGAAGGGUGUUAAAAAAGAUUUGCAUUCCUAUUCUAUUUAUAUGGAUAUAAUGUGCAAGAGUGGGAAGCCGUGGAAGGCGGUGAAGUUGUAUAAGGAGAUGAAGAAGAAAGGGAUGAAGUUGGAUGUUGUGGCAUACAAUACAGUUAUUCGUGCUAUUGGUAUUUCAGAAGGUGCGGAUUUUGGUGUUGGGUUGUUUAGGGAGAUGAGGGAUUUAGGUUGUGAGCCAAAUGUUGUGACUUAUAAUACGGUCAUAAAGCUUUUAUGUGAGAAUGGGAGGGUGAGGCAAGCUUACGCGGUGCUUGAUCAAAUGCUAAAGAAGGAUUGUGCACCUGAUGUGAUUACGUAUCAUUGUUUCUUUGGGUGUCUUGAGAAGCCGAGAGAGAUUCUUAAGCUGUUUGAUUUGAUGAUUAUGAAUGGGAUCCAACCAAGGAUGGACACCUAUGUCAUGCUUAUGAGGAAGUUUGGAAGAUGGGGAUUUCUUCGACCGGUUUUCAUGGUCUGGAAGAAGAUGGAAGAACUUGGAAGUAGUCCAAAUGAGUUUGCUUACAAUGCUCUGAUUGAUGCUUUGAUUCAAAAGGGCAUGUUAGAUAUGGCUAGGAAGUAUGAUGAGGAAAUGUUAGAAAAGGGCCUUUCAUCUAAGCCAAGGGAAGAAUUGGGAACAAAGUUGGUGCAAGGCGGAGAAGAUACUUGAUAGCUCAAUGCUUAUAAAUUAGUUUGAAAAUGAGGCAGUUUCCACUGAAAUUCUGUUGUCAGAAAGAAGGAUGUUGGCUUGUCAGUCUAGAUUGUGCUCUGUGGGAAGUGCCUGUAGAUAUGUUGAAAAAUUAUAACAAGUUUUUCUAGCUGGAGGCUGUUGGCUAGGGUGGAGCAGUUGAUGGGCAAUAAUGUGGGAUUAUCGUAUCAAAUUAUACUUAUGUUCUCUUGAGGGCAUGCGAGCUUGUUUUUGGCUAGACAAAGGAUCGCUGAAUGCCCAGGUGAAGUGAAUCUGAUGGUGCCUGCAUGCUUUCAUCUAAGCUCUGAGAACAGCAGGAAUGAAGCUGGUACAAGAAAUGCUGACGGUUGAUGGUUCAGAAAAAGAGAGUUCUUUUUAAACUAGAAAGUAUCAUGUUUCAGCGGCAACUCUAAAUCUGCUUGAAGUAUAAAGAACUCCUAUCAAUUGUUGGAUUCGCAAAGGCUGAAGCCUGCCAGGAAUAGGUUUCCAGCAUUUGAAAUGUUCCAUGAGUUUCUAUUUGGUAGCAUGUUCUUACUUCUUUAGAUCACCUUGCAAUGACUGUCUCUCUUCUCUCUAUCUCUUUCCUUCUUCCUUUUAGCUCUAUAAUAAUUCUUUGAUCACUCUAUCCCCCAUUCUCCUGCUAUCCUAUCUGUAAGUGCUAAUCAGAUCAAAUAUCUUGCAUUCACGCUUUUGCUAGUCUACUUGCUCAGACAAACAUCUGGAGCUCUGCAAGUCCUGCAUCUCCAAAAUCAUAGUAAUUCUGCUUUGUUUUCUGAAAUUUCCCUCUUUUUCAUGAAGAUGUAGACGUCUCGAGCACUUCCCUCUAGUUUUCACCCUCUUUUGGUUUAUCAACAUCUCAACUCUGCUCACCAGGAUAAGUGUGAUUGUACCUACUUUUCCAACAAUUUCCUCAAUACACGGAGAUUUAAACAUCUCAGGUGCAUCAUACAAGACACACUGGCACAAACAACAGUGUUUUCCAAGCUAUACAGCACAACCAAAAAAUUGAAGGAUACUAGAAGAUACUGGCUUAUUCUUUGCGCUGAGUCAUGUUCUUCAGGUAUAAGUAUGAUAUCUUCUGAACACUGUUUGCAAUUUUAAAUAACAUGUUAUAUUAAUUUGCAUUUGUGCCUUUCAAAAAAAUUUGCAUUUGUGUUUCCAGCUGCCUGUAUGAGGGCAUAUGAAUGUGACAAUAGCCUUUCUGAGGGCUUCUUUUUAUACUCUGUAAAAUAACAUGCUUUUCUCACUAUUACUCCACAGUUGAAUCUGCAAUUUUCUUGUCUGAAAGAAGAAUGUAAAUGGCACUUUUAUCGUGGAAGCUUUUCUUGUGUGAAGUCUUCCUCUUCUCUCUUGAGAUCUCCUCUGGCAACCCCAUCCAUCUGCAGGUUCAUUCUGUAAAUGCUUUACAUUUUUUGUAUAAUCAGCAACUCUCUAGCGGUUUGUGUGGUGGAAAUUCUGUUGCAAUCCUCCUUUGUUGAACAAUUGUGUAAUGGUUAUUGAUGAAAAAUCUUGAAAAAGAAUGUAAGUCUUAACUCAUUUAAUGAAUUUUCAUAUUAAGUUAUAAUAAAUUCUUGUCCGGUCUUCAUUAGCUCA